AUGGCGACGACCUACGCUCCGGCGUUAGGCACGUCCAGCAUGCGCAGCACUGCGCGAACAACUCGCACGAAUCCCACACGUACCUCCAAGACGAAUGGAUCAAGUCUGCGACAGUACUCUCUCAAUUCCCUGCAGCCACCAACUGCGCAGGAUGGACCAGAACCGCAUGGCUUUUACCCUGCAAUUCAGUACUUUACCGAUGCCAUUGCCGCCCUGCCUCGCGAAGUCCGACGACACGUAUCGUUGCUGAAAGAGGUGGACGCAAAAGCGUGGCAGCCAGAAGAACAUUUGCAGAUUCUCCUCACGCAAUGCAACGCUAUUCAGCCCACGCUACCGUUGCCGCAGACGUUCGCCUACAGCGCUGCACCAUCGACGACUAAUCUAGUUGAAGAUCCUACACAGAUCAGUGCCACCAACAGCAUCGCAGGCGCAGUCGCCGAUGGCGCGUCACAAGUGUCUACCGCCAGCCACGUCUCCCUACAGCGCAGACAGGUCUUUGCAGCACUACGCCAGAAUCUGACCCACAACAUGCAAACUAUGGACGAGAAAAAUCAUGUCAUCAACAACGCCAACGAAGAGCUCACCCACCACAUCCGCCGACUCAAUACCGGCACUGCAACGGGUACCUCCCGUCGAGACAACAAUUUGGCCAUCAUGCACGAAAACGAGGUUGCUCAAAGGAGCGAGAGCCGUAGGGAGGCUGUAGCGGCAAAGACAAAGCAGAGACUUGAUCGCUUGGCGCAGAUGGAUGGUGGGAGCGUGGAUCCGAAGAACAGCAAGAAGAGGAACCUCGUAAGAGAGGAUACUAGAGCCAACGACAGCGCGUCAGAAAUUGCUGGGUUGGGUAUCGCAGUUGGCAAAGGCAAGAAGGGCGCACGAGCCGGCGCAGUUGCCAUGGAAAAAUCGCUGAGCGUUGCUGUGGGUGCGAGAGCCAUGUCUAGAGAGCCCUCGCAGCAGGAUGGCACCAAGAAGAGGAAGGCGCCUGCGGGAGCUGGAGCAGUUGCGAGGAAAAGAGUCAAUGCAGCAGCUGACUCGCCCAGACUUGCCUCCUCUCCUCUAGCAUCCACGUUCCCAAAAGACGCCUACAAACGGAGCCCGGCGCUCGCAGCGGCCAAGCCAGUAUCUGCACGAGCUCGACAGAAUUCUACGCAGACCGAACCGCAUGCUCGAUCAAAGAAUGCAGCACCUGGGAAACUCACUGCAAACAACAAUGCGGCCGCUUCAAGCUCCAAAGGCACGGCAGCCGGCAAAGUCACCACGGAAAAGGCAGCGGCAGACAGGAAGUUGGAGGUGGCCACAGCAAUGGCGAAGGAUUUCCUGGCCGACAGAGCAAGAAGAGAUUCCGACACCGCAGGCAAACCGUACCCUACGCUUGCUUCCAAGGCACGAGACGCGGACAACGCAUCGACCAAAGGCGGCAGCUCACCACGUCUUUCCACCGCAGGGCUGGAUCGCACCGAGGCACUCGUCAGCACCAGUGCGAAUGGCAACACGGCAGCUGCAAAAGCAAAACGACCUGCGCGGCCACGACCCAAGUAUGACGGCCUGCACGACUCACUGUCGCCGAAAGGCCUGCCGCCCAAGAGACUGCACAAGAAAAGCGGCAGUAUCGUGACACUAGGCGGCUCUCAGGGUAACGGCGCACCGCAGCGACUCAAGGAGGAGAGCUCGAUGGAUGGUCGUCUGCAGCGAAGCAAUAGCGGCAGGUCCGUGAACAGCAGAAGCGGCAUUGCGACGCCUAUCGAUGCGGAGAUGUCGGACGAUGAAGAUCCUGCUGAAUUGGGUGGGGACACAAAAGUCGUCGCAGCAGUCCAGAUCACGAAAUGA